AUGUCCCUGGAAUGCACAUAUCCUGAUCCAGGUUUCUGGACAGCCACCUCAUUAAUCCAGCUCGGAUACGGAAUAUGGGUGAAUUUGUCCAUAGUGACUAUAGGACUUACGUUCGGCUUUUCAGCUGUGGCCAUACCGCAACUAAACUCGCCCGAUUCUGAAAUAUUUUUGACAGUUGCGGACGAGUCAUGGAUUGCUAGUGUUCUCACAUUGGUUUCUCCUAUUGGGUGUGUGUUAUGUGGAUAUUGCAUGGAUAACUUUGGGCGGCGCAUUAUGCUCAUCGUCAGUGGUAUACCAGUGUGUAUUGGCUGGUUUUAUACUGGUUUCGCGCAGACAGCUUUCCAGAUUGUCAUGGGGCGAGUAAUUACUGGCAUAGGCAUUGGAAUGGUGAUGAGUGUACCCAGAGUGUAUAUGACGGAGAUUUCCCUGCCGAACAUGCGAGGGGUGAUUGGUUCUUUUCCUAAUAUUGCUAUGUCGAUCGGUAUUACGACUCAGGCUGGCUUAGGAUCUUUCUUACAUUGGACAAUGCUAUGUUAUAUUGGCGGUAUUUAUUCAUGUGUGCUCGUGAUUUGUAACAUUUUUCUGCCUGAGACACCGUAUUACUUACUGCAAAAAUCCUCAAUAGAAGACGCAGAGGAAUCACUCAAAAAGUUUCGAUCAAAGAGGCACAAUAUCGAUGCAGAAAUGGAUGAGAUGCUGGAUUUUAAAAUUGAUAAUAAUAUACGAAAACUGACAUUAAGAGAGCAGAUAGCUGCAAUGUUUAUGAAAUCUUCCUGCAAGCCGUUCUUUUUGAUGAUAAUGUAUCUGUUGAUUACUCAGGUGUCUGGAGUUACUAUAGUAACGAUGUGGGCUGUUGAUAUUUUGGAGCAUUCAAAGUCGAGUGUGGACCCCCACGUGGCGAAUGUCAUGUUGGGCAUUACAAGACUUCUGGCAGGAAUACUCACAUCGGCUCUCAUCCUUAGAGUUGGAAGAAGACCUUUAGCGCUUACUUCUGGUUUCGGUGUCGGUGUUUCUGCUAUUAUCUUAAGUUUAAUUAUAAUAUACAUGGACUAUCCCAGCGUAUACCCGCAGAUGUGUUAUGUGGCCUACAUUACAUUCGCGUCGCUGGGACACUAUCCACUACCAGUACUUGUUAUGUUUGAAUUGUAUCCUUUGCAGAUUCGCGGUAUUUUGGGUGGAAUCUCGAUAGCAAUACUGAAUUUUCUCAUGUUUAGCGCCAACAAAAGUUUUCCGUAUGUGCGCGACGCGUUCGGUCACGCCGCUACUAUUAUGGGAUUUGGAAUUAGUUCUUUAUUAGGCUGCCUCUACCUCUACCUGUACCUUCCUGAAACAAAGGGUCUCACACUUCAAGAAAUAGAGGAGUAUUACAAAGACCUGCGACCAACGCUCACCUCCCAGCGGCGAAUAAAAUCUGAAAUGUACCUACGGAAUGUAGCCAGUGGUGUCAGUAAAUCGCUGAUACGUAUGGACAGACACAGGGAUCGGUCCAUGAGUUUGCGUAGAAUUUCCCCAGAUCUUGGCAAAGAUAAGGCAGCAGAUCACUCAAAAACUACAGAUAAUAAUAAAAAUGUAGACAAAUCUAAAGACACAGAUAAAAAUAAAGAUGCAGAUAAAAGCAAAGAUGCGGAUAAGAGUAAAGAUGCUGAUAAAACUAAGUGA